AUGAAGGUUCUCAUUUUAUUAUAUCUUUUCCUUCCUCUGACAUUUGCAAUUCAAUACAUCGUCACCGAUUCCAGUCUCGAGAACCUGACCAUCAGCAAAGCCGAACUGAAGGCACUCGCCAACGACCUCGCCCGGGUGAACUCAAACAGCGCUUCACGUGCAGUGGGCAAGCGAGCCCAAAUUCCCACCAUCAAAUGCAAUAUCGCAUACGGUCUCGCUCUUGGUAAGAUCACUGGGAAAGUUGGAGCUAGAAUUGAGUCCCGGCCUGGGUGA